GUUUCUUGGUCAGUCCAGUCGGGAAUUUCGGAGCGUGAGUUUUUCUUGCGUUUGUCACUUGAUGCGUAUUGAGGGUGUUGUGAAAAAGGUGAUUUUCCCCCAAAAUCUGUUCCACUUGUGAUUCCUCAGUCCAUCCACAACCUCCAACAACAUCUUUUAGCCAUGGGCAAGAGGAAAACUCAACCUUUAAUCGAUUCAGAGACUGAUGACGAUGGUUCUGAUUUGGAUUCGGAAUUCCUUUCUCUGGCCAAAAAGAAGAAGAAAUCCGAGAGAUUGGCCUCGACAAGUCCCAAAAACUCCUCAGGAUCAGAUUCAGAUUGGGCCAAUGGGAAGAAUGGUCAGGUGCGUAGGAAGAAGCGCACUAAGAAAAUGUCCAGAAGUUCAUCGGAAUCUGGGGAAGAGAGUGAUUCUGAGGGAGAGGUGGAGGGUGAAAAGAGUGCAGAGUCUGUGGGUGAGGCGGCAAAGGUGGCAGAGGAGGAGGAAGAUGAGAAAUCGGAACUGGAAGAGGGACAAGUGUCGACGGAUUCGGAAUCGAGUUCAGCAUCGGAAUUCAAUGAUGGCUACGAUGACAAUUUGAUGGGAGAUGAAGAGGACAGGGCACGCCUGGAAGCGCUGUCGGAGAAGGAGAGGGAAACGGAGAUUUUCAAGCGAAUAGAGAGGCGAGAUGUGAUGAAGACGAGAUGGGAGAUUGAGAAGAAAUUGCGGCAGGCCAAGAAGGCGGAGAGGGCAAAAGAUCGUGGGAAGAGUGAAAGGAAACCGAAGAAAAAGAAGAAGGAAAAGGUUAGUGUUGAGCGACUUCCACCACCGAAGCCACAGCCCGUGCCCACGGUGUCCACUCCAUCGCCAGAGAAGCGUCCCGAGGAGCCAGCUGAGACAGCUCCUGAGUACUUUGAUCCCAAGGAGAGAUCCAAGGAGCGCAAGAAGAAUGUGGAGGCCAACAAGACUGACGACAAACGCAGCAAUGCCAUGGCUCUGCUCAAGGCGCGUCGCGAGGGAAAGCAGAAGCGCGAGGAGGAGGAAGCCAAGCGUCAGGCUGAAAAGGAGCGCGAGGAGGACAAGGAGGAGCUCGAUGGGGUGGCCGGUGGGAAGUCUGCAGUGAAACUCAAAGCCUCUGACAUCUACAGCGACGAUUCCGGGAGUGAGAGUGAAGAUGAAAAGCGUUCCGGAAGGCGCUCUUCGGACUCCAAGAGUUCAGAAUCUGAAGAAUCCGAGGAUGAGAAAACGUCCUCCUCAAUGGUUCCCAAGAAGCCCACCUACAUUUCCACCCGGGAAGAACUGAACAAACUCCGGUUGUCCCGCUUCAAGAUGGAACGCAUUGUCCAUUUGCCCAUUUUCGAGCGCGUGGUGAAAAAUUGUUUUGUGCGCAUCACGAUUGGGAACAACAACGGGAAGCCCGUCUACCGGGCAGCGGAGAUCGUGGGCAUCGUGGAGACAGCUAAAGUUUAUCAAUUGGGCAAGAAUCGCACCAACAAAGGCAUGCGACUCCGGCACGGCAAAGAGGAACGAGUUUUCCGGCUGGAAUUCAUCUCUAACCAGGACUUUACCCAAUCGGAAUUUGACAAAUGGCGCGAUGUCUGUCUGUCCAGUGGAGUGGAAUUCCCCACUCUGGAGACCAUCGAGCAGAAAGCCAAGGACAUCAAGGAAGCCCUGGCCUUUGAAUACAAAGAUGAGGACAUUGAGAAGAUUCUGGAGGAGAAAAAUCGUUUUCGUGCUUUUCCCACAAAUUACGCCAUGCGCAAGACGGAACUCAUGAAGCGCCGAGAAGAAGCCCAAUCCCGAGGCGAUGAAGACACAGUAAGGGAGCUCAAUGGACAGAUCCGGGAACUCGAGGAGAGAGCCAAUGAGCUAGACAAGAAGCGUUCCAGUAGCAUCAGCAGCAUCUCGUACAUCAAUGACAGGAAUCGCAAGAGGAAUGUCGAGGAGGCAGAGAAGGCCAUCAUGGAAGAGGUCAGAGCCACCAAAGGCAUGAAGAUCGAUGAUCCCUUCACCAGGCGCUCCACCAAGCCACGGAUGUCCUUCAAGGCGGGCGAACAUGUGGAGGAGGAACUGGCUCCAAUGGUGCCAGCUCCUCCGCCACCGGGACGCAAAAAAGCUGACGAGGGAGAGAAGAAGGCAAAUGGACCAGGAGCUGAGAACAAUCUCUACUCCCUCCAUGAUUUCGAGAUUGACCUGGAGGUGCCACUUCCCGUUGCAACGGUGAAUCUGAUGCCCAAACAGGAGAUUCCUCAAACCAGUAAGAGCAAGAGAUCCCUCAAUCUUGAGGAUUACAAGAAGAAGCGGGGCCUCAUUUAGAUAGUUAAGAAAUUUAUUCAAUUAAGGCAUUAUUGGUAAAAAAGCAAAAGAAUUGUCGCAACUUGUUGAGAAAUUUCUGGGGCAAUUCAUCACACCUCUUAAUUCUUAAUGCCCCUGAGAGCUAAAUCUCUUAUUUAACUUCAUUCUAGGUAUUCUAGGCGUACGUAUUUUAAGUUUUAGGAUGUACCUCACGCAUGUAGUAAUUGUGAAUAAAGCUAGUAGAAUUAAACAAAAAA